AUGAUAUCAAUUUACCUCGUUUAUGUUAUGGGUCAUUCGAAAGAUGGGGGCGAAUAAAUGGUUCGAGUAUCGGUACGAAUCAUAGUCAAACAGCUCUUCACAAAAGAGACGAUAAUUCAGGAAGAGAAACAACUAACUUCUGAAACAUUAAAAUGUUCGAGUCCUGAGAUACAAAUUCACAUCAGUGUUAGCAUCUACGCACCAACAGAAUGGCCCACUCUGACGGAAACAAGGCUCUUUAUGCCAAGAUGAUAGUAGAUGUUGUUUUGUCACCGCUUUUCGAGAGGUUGGAGAAAAAAGACCUGGCAGCGUCACAGACUUUGAGGGCAGCAUUUACAAAGGUUGAUUCCCAGCUGCCCGGGUUCACGUUUGACUUUGCCAGUGGGUUGCUUCGUAAGGCAGACCUCCAUGACAAGUUGGAUGUCAGUGAGACACUGCUAAAGUUGGGAGGAUCUACAGAAUCUGAAGAUUUGAGGAUCACACGUCCAGAGAACACAUUCCAGGAGCUGAGUCGCUGUGCCGCCACGCUAAAAAAAAUCCUGAGUAGAAUUCCUGAACAAAUCUACGACAGAAAACAGUUCUUGGAAACUAUCAAAGAGAUAGCUAGUGCUAUUAAGCUGCUGUUAGACGCAGUUAACCGAGUGAUCAGCGAGGUACCUACAUCUGAGAAUGGCAGCAAACAGAUCUUGGAAGACAGAAAGCGGGAGUUUGUGCGCUACUCCAAGAAAUUCAGCAACACCUUGAAAGAGUUCUUCAGGGAUACCAACCAAAAUCACAAUGUAUUCCUGAGUGCCAACUACCUGACCUACCAGACCAACGUGAUUCUACGAACAGUGAAGCAGGAGUGUAGUUAGACACUCACUGGACAUGUUGACAGACAGCACACACUUUUGUUGUUCCUAGUUUUUUAGCAAAAUUCUUUCAUUUGCCUUUUUAUUCCGCUCUGAAUGGAUUUUGGGUCAUGCUCUGUGAAAAUGGGGUUUAAUGCUUGGGCGUAAAGUGUUGUCCAAGAUUAGCCUGUGCAGUCCACACAGGCUAAUCAGGGAUAACAUUUUCCACCUAAACUUGAUUUUUUGCAAAGAAGAUACUUUCUUUUAACCUAAAAUAUCAUUAAAGUGUAAGGUAUUGUCCCUGAUUAGCGUUUGCAGACUGCACAGGCUAAUCUUGGACGACGCUUUAUGCACAUGCAUUAAACCCCCUUUUCACAGAGCGCGGUCAGUUGGCCUGACGGUGUAUGUCUUAAAAGUUUGUUGAGUACAUGUAAACUCUUUCCACAUUAUUUCAAGCAAUGUAAUUGAAACUUAAAAAUGCCAUAAUCAUGAAGUGUACAUUUUCAAAACAUUUUUUUUCCAACCAAAUGAUCCAAUAAUUUCUGAGUCAUUUUCUUUUGAAAAUGGGCAUGGCCAUAUCAUUGGAAAUGUGUAAGUUUGUUGACAGAACAGUUUUCACUUCAACAUUUCUCCAUUGAUCAAUUUAAACUUCAAAUAUUAGGCUCAAUUAAAUGUGUGGACGAUUUUUCAUGUCUAUGGUUCAGCACAUGCCAGCAUAAUUUACCCUUAAAACAGGUGACAAAGCCAUCUAUACACGCAGCAUAAAUUGCUAUGUACACAAAAAUAUUUUCAUAAUUAAAAAAAAAAUUGACGAAGGAGUUGCAUUUUGUAUAAUUCAAACUAUUUAAUAUAUUUUGUUCAUGUAGCCAGAUUAGAAUUUGUGUGUACAGUAGGUCUCAUUUAACUUAUUUACAUGUAUUUGUUUACGUGUAUAUUGAUGACAAUUUCAGAGACUUUAAAAUCACAUGCAUAUAAAUUAUCAGUCCUGUAUAUCAGAGAACAUUUAAAUGAAACAAGUAAAAUCACACUUCCAAACAAAUUGUUUUUAAAAGAUAUUCAUCAAUUUAUUGAUAUGAAUAAUAGCUUUAUAAUGACUGCAUGCUACUGUUUUGGUAUUGGUAUGUGAUUAAACCAAAAAUAUCAUUAAAGUGGAAAGUGUUUUCCCUGAAUAGCCCGUGCAGACUGCACAGGCUAAUCUGGGACGACACUUUAUGCACAUGCAUUAAACCCCCUUUUCACAGAGCAUGGCCAAUAUAUUUUAGUCACUCAGUUGGUCUGCCGGUGUAUGUCCUAAAGGUCUGUUGAGUACCGGUAAACUCUUUCCACAUGAUUCCAUGUGAUUAAACAAAAAAUAACAGCUGCAUCAUAAAUUGGUAAAUAAAAAAAAUAUUUUAGCCAUGGGCACAAGAAUUUACUAGGAUUGAACACACUUUAAUUUUGUACCAAUAAAACCUUAGCUUUUUAGGUUCAAGUGUUUUGUUUUUAUGAUUUCUUUACAAAACUGCUGACAUUUAGGCUUUAUUUGCUUUUGAUUGUUGUGCAACUUGUUUUGUCAGACAACCUGAGCACAACCUGAGCAGGCAUCAUGAUCAUUUUGAAGUUUGACAAAUGAUAAUACAUGUAGUGGUUUACAUCUGCUUAUAUUGUCUCCUUAACCCCUGUAUAUUUUUACUGGUUCAUGCAUUAUGUAUAUUUUGGAUUCAAAAUGGAUUGAAUUAUAUAUUUGGAUUGUGUAUGAUAUAUGCUAGUAGUGCAUACAAUAAAUAACACACAUUGAA